UCUAAAAAUUCCAAGUGAUGCCAAGGAUACUGCCCACUUGUUAGCUCUGUAUAUAUAUGUACUCAUUACCUUAAAUAAAAAUGUAGUCGUAAAUGCUCUGCUGCUAGUAAAAUUGUCCAGUUUAGUUGCAGAAAUGAACAUUAUUCUCCGUCUUCUGUCCCUAUGUUUCUACCCUUCAGCCAUUUCAUUCAUUAAAGCAUCAGAAAUAAAUGCAGAAUCAUAUGAACUUGAUAGGGUAAUUACUCUUCCUGGCCAACCUUCAAGCCCCUCAGUCUCACAAUUUUCAGGUCAUAUCACUGUCAAUGAAGCUCAUGGGAGGGCACUUUUCUACUGGUUCUUUGAAGCUCAAUCUGAACCGUCCAAGAAGCCUCUCCUCCUCUGGCUCAAUGGAGGACCUGGAUGCUCCUCGAUUGGGUAUGGUGCGGUUGUUGAAAUAGGACCUUUUACAGUCAACAAAAAUGGUGAAGGACUACAUUUCAACCCCUAUUCCUGGAAUCAAGAGGCAAAUUUGUUAUUUAUUGAAUCUCCGGUCGGAGUUGGUUUUUCUUACACCAACACAUCUUCUGAUCUCACGAUGUUAGAGGAUAGUCUUGUUGCUGAGGAUGCCUACAAUUUCUUGGUAAAUUGGCUGCAGAAGUUCCCACAGUUUAAAUCUCGAGAUUUCUUUAUAUCAGGAGAGAGUUAUGCUGGCCAUUAUAUUCCUCAGCUGGCAGAGCUCAUCUUUGAUCGAAACAAAGAUAGAAGCAAAUACUCAUUUAUCAAUCUAAAAGGUUUUAUUGUGGGGAAUCCAGAAACCGAAAAUUAUUAUGAUUAUAAAGGCCUUUUGGAAUAUGCAUGGAGCCAUGCAGUCAUAUCAGAUCAGGAAUAUGACAACGCAAAAAAAGUUUGCGAUUUUAAGCAAUUUGAUUGGUCUGAGGAAUGCAAUGAGGCCAUGAGUGUGGUCUUCCGAUAUUACCGGGAGAUAGACAUCUACAACAUUUAUGCUCCGGCUUGUCGCUUAAAUAAUAAUACUUCCUCCAUAGCUCAUGACAGUAACAACAAUAGAGGCUCCGAAUCAGUUCCUGAGGGGAGAAACGAUUACAGACUCAGAAGAAUGAGGCUUUUCGGAGGCUAUGACCCUUGUUAUUCCAUUUAUGCAGAAGAAUAUUUCAAUAGGAUAGAUGUUCAGUCAUCUUUUCAUGCUAAUGUGAAAGGAGAAAACACUAGUGUAGCAUGGAAGACAUGCAACGGCUCCAUAUUAAAUACAUAUAACUUCACCGUUUUCUCUGUCCUCCCCAUCUACACAAAACUCAUCAAGGGUGGUCUUAAGGUGUGGAUUUACAGUGGGGACGCAGAUGGCAGAAUACCCGUGAUAGGGACAAGAUAUUGCAUUGAGGCUCUUGGAUUGCCCCUCAAGUCUAGCUGGCGAACUUGGUACCAUGAUGAUCAGGUUGGGGGAAGGAUAGCGGAAUAUGAAGGGUUAACAUAUGUGACAGUGAGAGGAGCUGGCCAUUUGGUGCCACUCAACAAGCCAAGUGAGGCUCUCUCCCUCAUUCAUUCUUUUCUCACAGGACACAAUCUUCCUACUCAUACUUGAGCAUAUCAUCAUAAUCAUAUUCAUUCGGCUAAUAAAUUCUUCCUUUUGUUUCAUGUUGCAAUAAAUAUUGUUCUAAAUCAAUUCCAAUGAACUAGUUGGUUAAAAAAAAAGGGAAAAUGAAUCAAUUGGUUUAAAUAAGUUUUACA